ACUCCAAGAUGGCGGCGGUGGCGGGCGGGUCGCGGCGCUGGGACCCCGCGGCGCUGGGGCUGGACCCGGCCUGGCGCCUCACGGCCUACGGCGAGCUGCGCGGCUGAGGCUGCAAAGUCCCGCAGGAGACGCUGCUCAAACUCCUGGCGGGACUGGAAGGGCAGCGCCCGGGAAGAGGAGGCGGAGGGGAAGGGACGGAAGCGGAGAGCGGCGGGACCCCAGCGCUGGGCAUCGGGCUGGACUCGUGUGUGAUCCCGCUGAGGCACGGGGGGCUCUCGCUGGUGCAGACCACUGACUUCUUCUACCCCAUCAUCGAUGACCCCUACAUGAUGGGCCGCAUCGCCUGCGCCAACGUGCUGAGCGACCUGUACGCCAUGGGGGUGACAGAGUGUGACAACGUCCUGAUGCUGCUGAGUGUCAGCCAGCGCAUGAGCGACGAGGAGAGGGACAAGGUGAUGCCGCUGAUCAUCCAGGGCUUCCGGGACGCGGCCGAGGACGGGGGCACGUCGGUGACAGGGGGACAGACCGUGCUCAACCCCUGGGUCAUCGUGGGGGGCGUGGCCACCGCCGUCUGCCAAUCCAGCGAGUUCAUCAUGCCGGACAGCGCCGUGCCUGGGGACGUGCUGGUGCUGACCAAGCCCUUGGGGACACACAUGGCUGUCACCGCCCACCAGUGGCUGGACAUGCCCGAGCGCUGGAACAAGAUCAAGCUGGUGGUGACGCGUGAGGAGGUGGAGCUGGCGUACCAGGAGGCCGUGGCCAGCAUGGCCACCCUGAACCGCACCGGAGGGCUGCUGGUGGUGCUGCCCCGCGCCCAGGCCGCCCGGUUCUGCGCGGAGCUGAAGGCGCCGGGCCGGGGCCCGGGGCUCCAGGCCUGGAUCGUGGGCGUGGUGGAGAAGGGGCCCCGCGGCGCGCGGGUCAUCGACAAACCGCGAGUGAUCGAGGUGCCCCCCCGAGGGGCGCCCCAGAACCCCGAGAGCCCCGCCAGCCCCCCCCCGGAGCCCCCCCGAGCGCCCUGCUAGGGGAGGGACCCCAAAAUCCCCAAAUUUGGGUCAGAUCCACCCCACAGAGACCCCUGCUAGGGGAGAGACCCCAAAGAAAACCCCAAAUUUGGGUCAGAGUCACCCCAUAGAGACCCCUGCUAGGGGAGAGACCCCAAAGAAACCCCAAAGGUGGGUCAGAGUCAUCCCAAACCCCUGCUAGGGGAAAGACCCCCAAAAAUCCCCAAACUGGGGGAAAUCCCAACCCUGACACAGCUCCCGGUGAAGGGAUCCCAAAGAAAACCCCAAAGUUGGGUCAGAGCCCCUUGCUAAGGGAGAGACCCCAAAGAAAACCCCAAAAUCCUCUGGGCUCAGCUGUGGCCAAAAUCCCCAAAAAUCCCCAAAAAAAUCCCAUCAACGCCUCCCCAUUAAAAUCCCAUCAAAGCUGCCCCAAACUUCAGGUCAAACCCCCCCCCCAAAAAAUCCCAUUAAAGUCCCCCCAGUUUGGGUCAAACCCCCCCAAAAAUCCCAUUAAAUCCCCCAAAAUUCAGGUCAAACCCCCCCCAAAAAAUCCCAUUAAAGUCCCCCCAGUUUGGGUCAAACGCCCCUUCCAGGUGACCCCCAGACCCCCUGGAGGGGCUCCUCAAUCCUGCCCCGGCUCUGCACAACGAGGGACCCCCAAAAUCCCCCCCCCGUUUUUGGGGUCCCUCCAGGAUCCCCCCCCCCGGCUGUGCCCGAUGAGCAGCGGGUGCAGCCCCCCCCGACCCCCCCAAACCCCCCCCGCGUGACGCCCCCCCCCAAAACCCCCCGUGGGGGUGGGGAGGGGCCGAGACCCCCCCUCAGUGAGGGGGGGGUUGGUGGUGGGAACCCCCCAGAAAUGGGGCAAUAAAAGAGAUU